AUGUCCAAUUGGUUGUACAAGAGCAAUAUAUACUACUACAAGCACGAAUCUGGAAAAGACUACAACUCCGACAAGAGAGCAAAUACAGUCCCCUCACAUCGUCUCGACCUCCACCCCUUUGUCAUCACGCACUGGCUCUCCAAACGCCAAGUGCGCACGAGCUACGCCACGGCUGUCGACCACCGGGCGGCUGAGCUUGACCCGCACUUGGGCGCACUCGCGCUGACCACGGCCGGCCUCGACGCCCCCACGCUCCCCGGCACCGUCUUCUGCGCGAUGUACGACCCUAAGUGCCCGACAGCCGCGCGGUCCUUCACGCUCGCGUGGUUCUUGCGGUGCGGUCCCGUCGAGAGCCGGACGCAGAGCAAGAUCCGCGCGCUGCGCACGGAGGACCGCGUCCUCCAGCGUUCCCCCAAGCCAGAUCGGUGCGGCGACGGCAUGAACUUCGGAGAGUUCCGGACCCGCGCCUUCAAGUCUUGA